ACGUUUUACGUUGUUUCCAUGCGGAGGUAUUUAGUGGGGUCAUCCGCCUGGAUUUGUUGUACUUGAAAAUGAUGUGGAUUUAGCAGUUUGUGUUUUAAUAUUAUCGCAUUAUUUCUUUAUUUGCUUUGGAUUGCGCCUGCGUCCGCUGACGGCUGUCCACAGAUCAGGUCAGGACUGGUGUCUAUACUGCACAAUUAACCAUGAAUGUAAACCAAGGCACAGUAGGGAGUGACCCAGUGAUCCUCGCCACAGCUGGAUAUGAUCAUACAGUGCGAUUCUGGCAGGCACACAGUGGCAUAUGCACAAGAACUGUCCAGCACCAGGACUCCCAGGUGAAUUCACUGGAAGUAACACCUGACAGGAGUAUGAUUGCUGCAGCUGGUUAUCAGCACAUUCGUAUGUAUGACCUCAAUUCAAAUAAUCCAAACCCAGUAAUCAAUUAUGAUGGCGUUAGCAAAAAUAUUACAUCUGUCGGCUUCCAUGAGGAUGGAAGAUGGAUGUACACUGGAGGAGAGGACUGCAUGGCACGUAUAUGGGAUCUCAGAUCAAGAAAUCUUCAGUGUCAGAGGAUCUUCCAGGUCAAUGCACCUAUUAAUUGUGUGUGCCUCCAUCCCAACCAAGCUGAAUUGUUUGUUGGAGACCAAAGUGGUGUAAUCCACAUAUGGGAUCUUAAAACAGACCAUAAUGAGCAGCUCAUCCCGGAGCCUGAAGUGUCUGUGAACUCUGUGCACAUUGAUCCUGAUGCAAGCUACAUGGCUGCUGUCAAUAGCUCGGGUAACUGCUAUGUGUGGAAUUUAGCAGGAGGAAUUGGUGAUGAAGUGACGCAGCUUAUUCCCAAGACCAAAAUUCCUGCUCACAAGCGUUAUUCUUUGCGCUGCAAAUUUAGUCCUGACUCCACAUUGCUGGCCACCUGCUCUGCUGACCAGACAUGUAAAAUCUGGCGGACCUCAAACUUUUCACUAAUGACGGAACUCAGCAUUAAAAGCAACAACCCUGGAGAGACGUCUCGUGGUUGGAUGUGGGACUGUGCCUUUAGUGGAGACUCACAGUACAUUGUCACAGCUUCUUCAGAUAAUCUGGCACGUCUGUGGUGUGUGGAGACAGGGGAGAUCAAGCGGGAGUACAGCGGCCAUCAAAAAGCUGUGGUCUGUUUGGCCUUUAAUGACAGUGUGCUUGGUUGAUCAGAAUCUGUGACACCAUCUCCUAUAGAAGAUAUAUCUGAUGGAAUAAACAAGACUGAUAAAUAUAA